GUCAGGACCGGAAGCGCCGUCCCCCGUCCCGCUGCUGUGUCGGAGCUGCUGGUUCAGGGAUCUCCGCUCCGCGGACAUGACAGCGACUCAGCCGCGUUAACGUGCCCGUGUGCGGAGUACCGGCCGAGGCAGAGCAGCGUCCAGCGCACCGCCGGCUCCUCCACCCACCUCAGCCCGACGGCCUCACCCUCCGCCCGGGGGAGCGACGCGCAGCGGCGGGGCCUCCGGCCACUGCGACUCUGGUUCCCGCCUCAGUUCCCGGAGACAUCCUGCCGAGAUGGACAACCUGAGCGAAGCCCUGGAGAAGCUGAAGCUGGCGUCUGCAGACAGCACCGCCGACAGCACGGAGAACUGCCUGGACCGCCUGCUCAAGGCUCUCGCUAACAACAACACCGAAGCCAGCAUGAAAAUCCAGGAGACCGGCAUUCUUCCUCUGCUCCCCACCCUGCUGAACCCCCAGUCUUCCUGUACCCCCAAAGUAGCCAACAUCAUCGCUGAGAUGGCCAAAAACGAGUUCAUGCGCAGCCCCUGUGUGGACGCUGGCCUCAUCCCUCCCCUCAUCCAGCUGCUCAGCUCCAGCGACCAGGAGCUGCUGCUGCAGACGGGACGGGCGCUCGGCAACAUCUGCUACGACAGCCAUGAGGGCAGGAGUGCAGUUGACCUGGCAGGAGGGGCUCAAAUAGUAGCUGAACACAUUAAAUCCCUCUCCCAAAAUACUGAGCCGGGAAAUCAGAAGCUGUUGACUGUCUUUUGUGGCAUGCUGAUGAACUAUAGCAAUGAUAAUGAUUCUUUACAAGCCCAGCUGAUCAACAUGGGUGUGAUCCCCACCCUGGUGAAGCUGCUGGGCGUCCACUCCCACAACACCGCCCUCACAGAAAUGUGCCUCAUUGCUUUUGGCAAUUUGGCCGAGCUAGAGUCCAGCAAGGAGCAGUUUGCCUCCACCAACAUCGCAGAGGAGCUGGUGCGUCUCUUCCAGAAGCAGACGGAGCACGAGAAGAAGGAGAUGAUCUUCGAGGUGCUGGCGCCGCUCGCUGAAAACGACGUGAUCAAGCUGCAGCUGGUGGAGGCGGGGCUGGUGGAGUGUCUGCUGGACGUGGUGGCUCAGACGGUGGACGGGGAGCGGGAGGAGGACGUGGCCCAGCUCAAGACCGCCUCAGACCUCAUGGUCCUCCUGCUGCUCGGAGAUGAGUCCAUGCAGAAGCUGUUUGAGGGAGGGAAGGGCAGCGUCUUCCAGAGGGUCCUGUCCUGGAUACCGUCGCACAACCACCAGCUGCAGCUGGCCGGAGCGCUGGCCAUCGCUAACUUCGCUCGCAACGAUGGGAACUGCAUCCACAUGGUGGACACCGGCAUCGUGCAGAAGCUCCUGGAGCUGCUGGAUCGGCACGUGGAGGAGGGAAACGUGACAGUGCAGCACGCAGCGCUGAGUGCCCUGCGGAACCUGGCCAUCCCCGUGGUGAACAAGUCCAAGAUGCUGUCCGCCGGCGUUGCUGACGUGGUGCUGAAGUUCUUGCAGUCGGAGAUGCCUCCAGUUCAGUUCAAGCUCCUGGGAACUUUGCGGAUGCUGAUCGAUACGCAAGCUGAAGCUGCAGACCAGCUGGGCACCAACAGGAAGCUGGUGGAGCGGCUGGUGGAGUGGUGUGAAGCCAAAGAUCACGCAGGAGUGAUGGGAGAGUCCAACAGGCUCCUGUCGGCCCUCAUCCGCCACAGCAAGUCCAAGGAAGUCGUCAGGACCGUCAUCCAGGGAGGAGGAGUCAAGCACCUAGUUACCAUGGCAACCAGUGAGCACAUGAUCAUGCAGAACGAGGCACUGGUGGCCCUGGGUCUCAUAGCAGCGCUGGAUCUGGUUGCAGCGGAGAAGGACUUUGUGGGAGCCAGCCUGGUGUCGGUGCUUCACAAGCUGCUGUCAGACGAGCGUAGCGCGCCGGAGAUCAAGUACAACUCCAUGAUCCUCAUCUGUGCACUCAUGGGCUCAGAGCCUCUCCACCAGGAGGUCCGGAGUCUGGCGUUCAUCGACGUGGUCUCCAAGCUGCGGGCCCACGAGAACAAGACCGUCUCCCACCAGGCGUCGCUCACGGAGCAGCGGCUAACGGCCCAGAGCUAAAUGACUGUGCCGGGCCACGCCCUCUCACCCGGACGCCUGCCUGACUCCUCACGCUUGCCCCCCCAAACCCCUCCCCCCCGUCACGUGCCAAGGUACCAUGUCGCGUUUACUGCCAACCAGACACGCGCUCGUUUCUCCAUCCUCCACUCUGCCCGCCCCCCUGCCUCGCCCCCCAAAACCCUGCCCCACCCCCAAAACCCUGCCCCGACCCUGCCCCGCCCCCCCAAAACCAUGCCCCACCCCCAAAACCCUGCCCCACCCCUCAAAACCCUGCCCCGACUCUGCUCCGCCCCUCCUCUAGGCUUAGACUGAUGUGCAGCCCUCUCUGCUACUUCCAACAAAUUCUAACCAUUUUGUAAUUUAAGUUAGUUUUUUGAAGGAUUUAUUUUUCAAACGUCUCCCAUGAACAGCCCCCCCCCCCCUCUCCCACGGGAGCCCCCUCCUCUCCCAUGGGAGCCCCCUCCUCUCCCACACGGGUCCCCCUCCUCUCCCACACGGGAGCCCCCUCCUCCUCUCCCACGGGAGCCCCCUCCUCUCCCACACGGGUCUCCCUCCUCUCCCACACGGGAGGCCCCUCCUCCUCUCCCACGGGAGCCCCCUCCUCUCCCACGGGAGCCCCCUCCUCGCCCACACGGGAGCCCCCUCCUCGCCCACACGGGAGCCCCCUCCUCGCCCACACGGGAGGCCCUUCCACCUCUCCCACGGGAGCCCCCUCCUCCUCUCCCACGGGAGCCCCUGCCUCCUCUCCCACUGGAGCCCCCUCCUCUCCCACACGGGUCCCCCUUCUCUCCCACACGGGUCCCCCUCCUCUCCCACACGGGAGCCCCCUCCACCUCUCCCACGGGAGGCCCCUCCUCCUCUCCCACGGCAGGCCCCUCCUCCUCUCCCACGGGAGCCCCCGCCUCCUCUCCCACUGGAGCCCCCUCCUCUCCCACACGGGUCCCCCUUCUCUCCCACAUGGGCCCCCCUCUUCUCCCACGAGAGCCCCCCCCCCUCUCCCCUCCCACGGGAGCCCCCUCCUCUCCCACACAGGUCCCCCUCCUCUCCCACACGGGUGCCCCUCCUCUCCCUCUGAAAGCCAUAACCCGGAGCUGUGUCCCGGUGGAUUAGCAGGUCGUUAGCUCAGGAUGCUAAAACAGACCACUGAUGUUCCAUGAAUGACGCUGCUACAUCGGUCUAACCCUAGCCCCCCGGCCCCCGCCCCCACCCGUGCAUGCUCCUCCCGCCCGUCGCAGCCUAGCGGGAGCUGAGGCGCCGUAGUCCGCCUGACGCAAUAGACGAAGAGCCCCCCCCUCUUCUACGACCAUAGCUGUGACGCCGUCCGCCGGUAACCCACCAGUGAAAAUGUGCACAAAAGAGCAAAAAUAAAAAAAAACUUCCUGUUGUGACUUCUUUCUUUUACUCCUCCUUCCCUCCUCUCUUCCUUUAAAGCCGCCCUCCACCCUCGCCGCGCACGUCGCUGUCCCCUGUAGCGCGAGUAUAAAGCCACUAAAAGCUGUGCAUGUUUUCGUCCUGUUGAAGCUGUGACCGUGUUCAUCUCCUCCUCCGCUCACACGCGUCUGCUGCGCUCCUUUUAUUACACUUCUUUCCUUCUGCGCUUGGAUAGAGAUUUUAGGGUUGCACAGUUGUCCAAACCCCCCCACCCCCCGACUCCUGUACAGCAGGACAGUGCUCAGUGAUGGUUCAUCAGCGCCUGAAGAGAAGGUUUCAGCUCCACUUGGGCUCCUCCCGCAGCAACGCUCCUCCCUCUCCUGGUCUAGUGUCACAGCAGAUUUUACUGUAAAACCAUUUUAAAUACACACUUUCCAGACAUUAGCCAUUCCUUAGACAGUAACGUUACUCACUCGGACAAUUAAAAGUCUGCUAGAGAAAAAAACAAGCAUGUAAAACUAAAGACGCGCGUGGAUGUGUGGCCUCGGUCUGCCGGUUAGUCCGGUCAGCAGACGUGAGCGCGUAGCGCUGCAGAAGGUUUACCGUUACCGUUGCAGAGCCGGGCCGGGUCGUGUCCCGGGUUCUCCCCGUCAGCAUGUCCCACGCCGUGCCGACACCCGCCUGCUCCUCCAUCUGGACUCCCACCUUUUUAUUUUAGGUAUGAAUGGUUAUUUAUCAGACUUGUGAUCUACCGAAGACACAUGCCAGUGGAAGUGUAUUCAUAGUAACUGUAAAAUGCUAUAAACAUAAAUGUUUGUUGUAAAUGUCAUGAGUUGUACAUUUGGAGGACUCAGCAGAUGAUUAAAAGAUGAUAGCUGGUGA